AUGGCGAGCCUGAUAACCGAAGAGCAGCCCACACCGGAACCACCACCGCCAGAAGUUCCCGCGCCUACACCUUCGCCUCAGCCUGAGCCAACUCCAGCUCCAGCACCUCCACCACAGGAACCAGCUCCAGCACCAGCACCAGCACCAUCACCAACGCCAACGCCAGAACCAGCACCCCCGGCAGAGGGAGCUCCGCCGGCGGCUCCUGCGGAAGGAGCACCAGCCCCUGCGGAGGGCGCGCCUCCAGCUGAGGGCGCGCCACCACCAGCUGCACCUGCAGAAGGCGCGGCACCUCCAGCCGAAGGUGCAGCACCACCGGCUGAGGGUGCACCAGCUGCCCCUGCGGACGGAACAGCGCCGCCACCAGCGGAGGGCGCGCCUGCCGCACCUCCCGCUGAAGGUGCACCUCCAGCAGAGGGUGCACCGCCCGCCGAAGGUGCACCUCCCGCAGAAGGAGCGCCACCCGCGGCUGCACCCGCGGAAGGUGCACCACCCGCGGAAGGCGCGCCUGCGGCACCACCAGCAGAAGGUGCACCUGCACCAGCGGAAGGAACCCCAGCAGCACCACCAGCCGAAGGAGCCGCACCCCCUGCGGAAGGAGCGCCAGCUGCACCUGCACCAGCCGAGGGAGCCCCUGCACCAGCUCCAGCCGAUGCACCAGCCCCAGCCCCAGCAGAGGCUGCACCUGCACCAGCGCCUGCUGAUGGUAAAGUAGUUAUGGUUGUGAGAGUUACAUUGACCCUCAGGCCGAGGCACCCGAUAGUGGGUUCAAAAUUCAUCACGUUUGCACCCCCAUCGUAACUUCGUCGAAGUUGGAGCGAACGAAGGGUCACCUCGCUAUGUAAUUUCCACUCGUUGACGUCACAAUUUACAUAAAACGUACACGGACAAGCGCAUACUACGGAUACGUAUGCGUCGAGUCAAAUUAAUCUCGGUGCAACGGUUCAUGCGUUGGUUAUCAUCGUCGUCAUCAUCGUCAUCAUCAUCAUCGUCAUCAUCGUAAUCACCGUUCUCCGUCAUGCACACGCGUCCGCUCCAGGGUCAUAUUUAUGCGACAUACGUGCCCUUGGGCGUCGUAAGCGAAACAGAACAACAAAAAGAAAAAAAAAAGAGAAAAGAGUAAUAUAGAAAGGUAGAAUCGUAUGCUUGUCGUUGACGUGUUUUACUUCUUCCUUCCGUGGGUUUUCGCAACUCGUUAUCAAUGCAUAGUAACUGGGCAUCGUCACGGGAUGCCUGACCAGUUUUUCCGCGUCUUAGCUAGUUACAGGGGAAAACAAAUCUAACAAGCUGUGUCUUUGCUCGAAAGAAAGGUUCUACCGUCCGUGAUCGUUAUCGCGCUACGAUGAAAAACCGUUCGUCGCGCUUGCGAUUCCGUGGAUUUCUCGAUCAACGGCUAUGAAGUCGAACGAUCUACGAAACAAACUCGAAAUUAAGGCUAAUGUAAUAUUUCUAUGUAAAUAAUUUACGACGCGUUCUAUCGAAGAUUAAUGCAGAUAUAUCACACCGACACUUUCCGAUAUGAGAGAAUUGGAUUUGGUAAUAAAAACUGUUCUGCGAUUACCGAAAUUUUAUCGCUUGAUAAAUAACACCGUCCUCCUCCUAUUUAAAUCAGAUUUGAUGUACGUCCUAAUGGUAAUUUAUUUCGUU